AUGGCAAAUACAGGCGUAUUUGGAGGCCAUGAUACUUCUACUCAUUUGAAGAGAUCAAAUCAAGGCAGUGAUGGCACUGUUCAAAAGAAACAAAGAGGUGAUCAUCAAGCAAUACCGAUGACUCAGCAACUGUACUCUUCCUCCUCCUCCUCUUCCUAUUCAAAUCAAGAGCAUGCACACACUGAACCAUAUAUCGACUCUCUUGCGAUCUCCUCACCAACAAAUCAGUCUCUACCCUACUAUCCAGAGUCAGAAUCUGAUCCCAUUCUAGAACAGGAAGUGCUUGAUGCAGUCAACAGGAUCAGAGGUUGGUCCAACAAAAUAGAUUAUUUGAGACAAGUAGGAUAUGUUCCCGAUGGAGGAGUUGAACUUGGACCCAUCAAUCAUAAUACUUUUAUAGCAAGAAGACAAAAGGAUGGAGUGAGAUCUGAGUUCAAGUCGAGGAUAUGGUUUAGAGAUGGAAGGGCAUGGAUCUAUGAAGUACCCUCAAUGGCGCAUUCAUGCACUGUCAAUGCGAUCACGGAUAUCAUUCGGUAUCAAACAUUCCCAAACCAACAUUUGUUGCACACCGGAGGAGCUGCGACAUUGAUCCUCCAACCAGGACAUUCAAAUGCUGAGCCAGACCAAUCUUUGCGACCUCUUCGACCCAAAGUCCCCAACAAUCAUUCGGCAGAUGGUCAUGGAAAUCCUUACCCAACAUUGGUCAUCGAAGCAGCCAAGUCUCAAUCACUUCCAGUGUUACAUCAAAAGUGCCUCGACUAUUUCAUGGAUCGUGUUGCUGCUGUGCUUCCUGCUCCUGGUGUCCCUGCGGUGGCUGCAAUACCAAGCACAAUCAGGAUCGUUAUUGGUGUCAAGAUCUAUCCCAGAAACAAUGGAGACUUUGCGAUGCUUGUUUCGUACUAUCAGAAUGGUGCAGCAGCAAAUCCUGUCAGGAUCAUCUCUUGUGGGACGACACAUUUGGAUGUCACCAAUACAAUCCAAAGACACUUGCCUCCCAUAUCUCCACCUGGAUAUGCUGCUCCUCAAGGCUAUGAAGGUGUCAUGCCUCCAGUUGGGCCUCCUCCACCUGUAGCCAAUCCAGCCAAUCCCCUCAACCUUCAAAAUCCUUGUAAUGCACUUGGUCUUCCACUUUACCAACUCCAGAUACCAACUGUUGAACUGUUCAAUGGAGCACCACCUUUGCCACCAGGUGUCAUUAUUCCUCCAUUCUACGCUUGUUGGAAUAGUACGACAGGUGAGAGUUCAAUAACAGAAUUAGUUCUAUUGCUUUUUUGUUUUUAA